AUGGCCGCAAGCACGGCGCGGUGGCAGCUGCUGGCCGGCCAGGUGAAGCGGCAGGCGUCGGGGUUCCUGCUGGACAAGUACAAGCAGGCGAGGCUGGCGAUGGGCGACGUGACGCCGGCAGAGCUGCUGGUCCAGGAGGCGACCAACAACGAGCCGUGCGUCCCCGACGCCAAGACGCUGGCGUGCAUCGCGGACGCCGCCUUCGACAUGGACGACUUCUGGAGGAUCGCCAAGGUGCUGCACCAGAGGCUGAGCCGCGCCGCCGACUGGAAGGAGUGGCGCCCCGUGUACAAGGCGCUGGUGGUGCUCGAGUUCCUGCUCACCCACGGGCCCGAGGACCUGCCGCGCGAGUUCCUGGCGGACAUGCCCGCCAUGCACGACCUCCGCAGCUUCAACUACGUCGACGACAAGGGCUUCAACUGGGGCGCCUGCAUGCAGCGCCGGACCGACAGCGUCCUGUCGCUGCUCACCGACGCCGACCGCCUCAGGGAGGCGCGGCGCAGGGCCAUCAGGGUCUCCCACGAGGUGUACGGCGGCGGCUUCGGCAGCCCAACGUCGUCGUCCUCCCCGUCCUCGGCCUCGUCCUCCGCCUCCUCAAGGACCUCGCGCACCUGGUCCUUCGGCGGGUCCUCCCACUACUCCGACAGCCCCACCAUGUGCCUCACCUGCGCCUCCGACGCCGACUACCGCCACGACAAGAAAUGCGACGCCUACACGGCCGACGACGACUGCUGGGCCUCGUCGAACUACAAGAGCGGCAGGUGGGCGGCCACGGUGGACGAAGGCGACGGCGAGGACCAGCACCAGGGGCUCAUGGACGACGCCUGGGACGCCCAUCUGGUGGAGGACAGCACCAGCACAUGGUCCGCCAGGUUGCUCGGUUCCUUGUCCUUCACCACCAGCAGGGCCUCAGGCUUCCAGAGUCUGUCGCAACCGGAGCAGCGAAGGACACCCAAGAAGCUGCAGGGCAGGGGCAGGGGCAGCUCCAGCGCCAGCUUUCCGCCGACUAUGCACGUCCUUGAUUGCUCGGGCGACGACUAG